AGCUAUGUCUGAAAUUAGUAAGAACAAACAAACCGGAGUAAAUUAUGUUGUCUAGAGAGAUGAUAUAAAUCGGUCUGAAAAUUUGUUAAUUCUGGUCCAUCACUAGAAAGUUGAGACUAUUAGAAUACUAUAAUCUUCCAAACCCACCACGUUGGUUUAGGUACUGUUUUGACAAUUUCAAAUCCUAGCUGCAUUUUUCCCUUCCUUUUUUUUUUUUUUUUUUUUUUUUUUUUUUUUUUUUUUUUUUUUUUUUUCUUUUUCUUUGGACAUUCCUAGCUAGAUGCGUAAUUGCUUACCUCAGAAUUUGGAUUCCUGAAGGAAGGGAAAAGCCACGAACCGGUUCUUCAAACAUUGCCAACAAAAAAAAGGUAGCUUGGUUCUUAAGAAACCAAAAGGAGAACCAAAAAAGUGAAUAAAUAAAAAAAAGCUAAAAUUUCAAUCCCUCUGGCUAGAUAAAUAGAGUCAAAUCAAGACCUAAUGUUUUCUUUAUGUGAAAAAUUUUACAACCCUAAUAUAUUCUUCUUAAAAAUAAUUAAAAAUGUGUACAUAUCAAAUUAGGCCUGGACAUCUUCUCUUUGUGUAGCUUACCCAUUCAAACAUAUUCAUAUAUAUUAUACAAGUAAAAGCUACCAAAACUGAUUUUAUUGAGAUUUAUAAUUUAUAAUUAUCCUUACAUUUUCUAGGAAAUUUCACCUUUUAUAUUUGCCAUCAAUGCUAAAGGAAGACAAUCGGUAUUAUAUAUAUAUAUAUAUAUAUUAGGAAACUCUUUUAGCCCUCAAUAACUUGAAUGGAUGAAAAACUGGAAAUGGAUAGAAGAUUAUUUGAGGCAGCUCUUGCAGGCAACAUUAGUGCAUUAAACCAAUUGAUUGCUGAAAACCCAUUGAUUUUAGCUGAUUCUGCACUCAUUUCUCCACAUGAGAACCCAUUAAACAUUGCUAUAAAGGCAGGGCAACUGGGUUUUGCACGAGAAGUGAUCGGAUUAAGACCUGAAUUAGCAAGAGAAGUGAACAAAGAUGGAUUUAGGCCACUGGACAUAGCUUCAGCUUUUGGCCACAUAGAGAUAGUCAAAGAGAUACUUAAGAGUUGUGGGAAGGAUAUAUGUGGUUUAAAGGGGAGAGAUGGAAGAACUGCUAUUCACUAUGCUGCUAUCAAUGGUAAAAUUGAGGUUAUGGAUGAACUAGUUUCUUCUAGGGCUGAAUGUAUCAAAGAUGUGACAGCUCUUGGAGAAACUGUGCUCCAUCUGACUGUUAGAUACUACAAAUUUGAAUCUUUUAGAAAGCUGAUGGAAUUGCUGGAAAUUUGUGGAUUGGAAGAGCUGGUUAAUUGGGGUGAUGAAGACGGGAACACAAUCCUGCACCUUGCAGUCUCUAGAAAACAGCAUGAGUAUGUUAAGUUGCUGCUUAGUAAUGGUGGUGCGGCCAAAAAAUUGGAAAUUAAUGCAGAAAACAAAAGGGGUUUGAAAGCAAUGGAUAUCAUGGACAAAUUGAUAGUAGAUAAUCCAAGCGAUAUCCAUAUAAGGGAAACCCUUCAGCGUGCUGGAGCUGCACCUGCCAUAUCUCCAAUACCUUCUGAUUCCAAGCUGCAUCAUGUUGCGGUAAAUGUUGCUAAAAUUAAGGAGCCUGAAACUUCACCAACAGAAGCUGAGAAGGAGGACUGGAUAAAAUAUUUUCGGUUUCAGCAGCUGAGAGACUCACCGAGUGACACGCGCAAUGUCCUGCUGGUGGUGGCCGCCCUCAUUGCAACCGUCACCUUCCAAGCAGGAGUCAAUCCUCCUAAUGGAUUUACUUCUCCUUCUACACAGAAUGUACCAAUGCUUGCACCGGCAGUGACAGUGGGUUUAGGUACACUCUUUGCAAAUCUAGGCAGCCUGCAGUCUGCAUCACAGUUUUUCUUAUUUGGGAACUCAUUGGGUCUUGCUUCAUCAAUCUGUGUAAUAAUCUACCUCACAUCUGGAUUUCCCUUCCAAAGAGAGCUCCAUAUCUCUAUAUAUUCCAUGCUAUUUGCUUAUGGCUGGUCAAUACAAGAUAUUGAUUCAGAGAACAGGACCAGACAACAUAUCAUUAUGGGGUCUGCAUUUCUAUUACCUUUCCUAUUAAGAUGGCUGCCAAGGUGGGCAAAAAGAAUCUGGAGGUGGUUCAAGAAAAAAGACAAAUUAUCAGUUUGAUCUAUAAGGAAUUGGAAGCUCAUGAUCAAAUUUGAUUGGUUAGUUUAUACCUUUGUGGAAUGUAAUAAAGAUACUGGUUUUCAAAUAUUAUAGAAAGCUUGACAUAGCAAUUCUCGAGUCCUCAAAUUACAUACUGUUUCUUGUGAGCUUACGAUGAGUAAUUAGACUAAAAUAUUGAAAUGAAUAGUUUAAAGAGAUAUGCAUAUAAUAUAUAUAUUUUUAUGCAUAUAGGUUAUUUUGCUGGCUACAAGAAAAUCUC